AUUCUUGAAAUUUCUUCACGAUUAGUUAAUUGUGACAGAAUUUUUCCUUAAAUCUAAUCGAAAUUUUCGUGUUUUUCAUUUUUGUGAUUGCCCUUCACUGUCAACGACACAUACAUAUAGUAGUUUCUUUCAUACGUAGAAUGUGCAAGUUCAGAAGUUCAGCUCCUUACGUGCGUCAUAAUGGUUGUCUCAGUUAAUUCAUCAACGCAUGUUUGCAAUUAAUUAUGCAAAAUCAAUUACACAAUCACAGUGGCUACGGCAGAUGAAUACUUUUAAGUGUGUAUUCUGAAACUGUUUAUUUAUCAAAACCCGGUUAUCGAUUUCUACGGCAUUUGUUCUUCAAGUUUAUGGUGAACGUAAAGUGGAAUAAUUUACAAUUCGUGAUGUCAAUGAGAGCGGCGAAGUGUCCGUACAGAUUUCUAAAUUCGUAGGACAACCUGAGUGGCAGAAAAAAAAUUAUCCCGUCUUUUCUAGUCGGGCAUGUUUUUGUUCCGUGCAACAACGAAGAGCGUUACACGACUCCUCAGAAAUAGGGUUGCGGACGUUGUUAAAAUCUCAAAAAUUCCACGGGCAGACUCGAAAAACAGCGCAACCACUGAUACUGUCGACUGUGGAGCUACGCAAAAAGACGUCGGCAAGCAGCAGAUGAAGAUAAUCCGUGUGUACCGAUGGAAUCCCCACGAGCCAAAGACAAAACCAUACAUGCAGCAGUUCGUGGUGGAUAUGAACAAGCGAGGAACAAUGGUGCUUGACGCCCUGCAAGUUAUAAAAUCAGAAUACGACGCAACUCUUUCUUUCCGAAGAUCUUGCCGGGAAGGAAUCUGUGGAAGCUGCGCGAUGAACAUCAACGGUGUCAACACCCUCGCGUGUCUCACGAAACUGGAUAUGAAUUCAUCAAAGCCUGUGAUAAUUUAUCCUCUGCCCCACAUGUAUGUUAUCCGUGAUCUUGUGCCAGACAUGUCACACUUUUUGGAGCAGUACAAAAUGAUUGAUCCCUGGUUGAAGAGACGGGGUGAAGAUCAGUUCAUUGGCUAUCGACAGACCCUUCAAAGCCAGAGGGAUAGAGCAAAAUUGGAUGGGCUUCACGAAUGUGUGAUGUGCGGGUGCUGUACAUAUGCUUGCCCGCCCUACUGGUGGCUUGGAGACAAAUACCUUGGACCCGCAGUCCUGAUGCAGGCAUACAGAUGGAUAAUCGAUUCAAGGGAUUUUGAGCAUGCGGAACGACUCGCAAAACUGCGGGAUUUUUAUUCAGUAUUCCGUUGCCACACUAUUUUCAACUGCACGAAAACAUGUCCUAAGGGGUUGAACCCAGGAAAAGCAAUAGCGCAAAUAAAAAGGCUACUCGCUGGACUCACGAAAAAGGAAAAACCUGACCUCGUCACUGCAGUUCCAGAUCCAUGCAGUGGGCCUCUCGAUACAAAAGGACACCGCGAUAAAUGAAUUUCUCAGUGAUAGCGAAGUUAAUUUCCGUUGUAACAUACGUAUGCAAGGCGGACUGUUCAAUAAAAUUCUUUUACAAGUUA